AUGCGGGGCUCUUCUUCACGGCACUCUGGAGCAGGAGGAGGAGGAGGAGGCAAUAGCAGCGGAGGCGGGCGGGGCGGCGGACGUGGAGGAGCUAGGGAUAGAGACAGAGACAAUGGAGGUCAUUCCCACGGACAGAACCCUGCUGCGGCGCCAUUCAAACUGCUCACCCGUGUCGCACCUCAGGAUGCAGAGAUCAUCCCUCGCGGAGGGAUGGGUCCGGCAGGCAUCAUGGCCCCUCCACCCGGACUCUCAUUACAACCUCAGCAAACACAGCUGCAACAAGGAUACCCUAAUUACGGCCAGCCUUACCAACAAUAUUCGUCAUAUCCUAAUCCUCCUCCUCCACCACCACCUCAACAGCAACAACAGCUCAGGGGGGCCAUAUCAAGACAUAUGCCGCAGCCGCCACCUCAGGCACCGCCAUCAUUCCUGUCGCCACCUCCAGGACUAGGCGGAAUAGAUGGAGGAAAUGUUGGGAUGAACAAAGGCGUCAUGGGGGGAGGUCCGCCUGGUAGAGGAGGAGCCGCUGCCGUGUCUGGCGGUGGAGGAGGACGUCGAGAGCGCUCCAACUCGAUCAUGAGCCAAGCCAGCAAUCAUUCGUCACCGUCACUACUUCAACAGCAGCAGCAACAACAGCAACAACAGCACUCACAACAAUCAGAAUCGGAUGUCAGCGAUGUAAAACCAAGGCGAAAGGAUCGACAACGGCGAAAUAAGAAAGGACAGCAGCAGGGAUCUGGUAGAGAUGACCAUUUCAGCAGUAACAACAGUAGCAGCAACCCUAACAGCAACGACGGAACUUCAAAACAGCAACAACACCAACAGCCGGCACCCCAUCGCGUCAUUGUCGAUCCCAACAGUUUCCAGAGACAGAUCCUGCAGCCUAACCCAAACAGCAAUGGAGGUAUUGGAGGCGGGAGAGGAACUGGGGAGUUGUACGACGAGGAUGCCAGAGGGUCGGAGGCGAACAAGGGUAACAAUCGGCGACAGGCACCUGCUGGCAGGACUGUGUAUUCUUGGCAAGGAACCAAUUCAAAUCAACAACAGCAACAACAAACACAACAGCAUCAACAGCAUCAACACCAACAACAGCUUCAGGCGCUACCUCCACACCUCCAACCACGAGGUCCUGCAGGACCAUACUCGAUGCCAGGGACAAGGGACCAUCGCUCGAUGGGUGGCGGCCCUCAUUCUGCAGGAGGGUCUCUGUCUGCUGGAGGACGAUUGCUCCCACCGCAACAAGUCGUCCCCAUGCCUCCUCCCAUGGGUGCUCAAUCGGUCAAGCUGAUGAAUGAACAAGGAAAGAUCCAGGAGGGUGCAGAACAGUGGAUGUCGGAGCACCCAGGACACUUUGUGGUCGGGAUUCUUGGACCACAAGGAGUUGGAAAGUCAUCUCUCCUCUCGUCAUUCUGUCCUACACCUUUGGCAUCAGCAGCAUUCCCGAAACAACCCCCACAGAUGGCAGCUGUUGCAGGAUACCAGACUUCAGGAAUCGACAUGUACAUUACCCCUGAAAGGAUGAUUCUCCUCGACACCGAACCAAUAUUUUGUCUCUCAAAUUUGGAAAAUGCACUCAGGAACGAGCGGGUGGCUGAUGGGAUCCCGAUCGACAUUUGGCUGGACCAGCAGGCACUGGUCCUGGCUACAUUCUUGAUCUCGGUCUGCAAUGUCGUCUUGGUUCUGGGCAAGGACGAUGAACCAUCGAGCAGCAGGAGCUUCCGACUUUUGCAACGUGUCGAAGUCUUUAUGAAGGCGCUCUCCGCUUCUUCAUCAGCUACACAAGGUGGUGUACCAGGUCAAGGAACGGGCAUGUCGGGACAAACACCGGACGGCAGUAACGGCCUUGGCGACUGGUGCGCCGACAUUGUAUUUAUAUCGAACAAGGUCUCUCCUAUGGCGUUUGGCCCCAACCAUUAUCGCGACAAUGCAGCAAAACAAGCACAGCUCUGGCAGCACUCCAACUUGCAGCUGUUCGGAUCGAUCAACAUGACGACAACUUUUUCGCGGUUUGAGGAUUCAUUCAAGCGGGCGCCCAACACUACAGCUGUCAUGACGAUACAGCGGAGGGAGCGGCUUUCGCAACUGUCGGAUGAUUCCGCGUUUAUGUCGGGAUCGGAAUCUGAGGAAGAGUCAAGUGGAGAGGAUCUUAAUAUGGAGCCGCGACAGCCGCUGCGGUCACAGGAGAUCGUCUUGGAUGAGAAGAGAGCAGGGCAACAGCUCAACUUUGUAAUGCUGCCAUUGGAUUCGGCACUAGUCCCUCAGAGUCUGUCCAGGCCAGGUUCAGGAUCCAUCUCAAAAAAGUCGCCUUCAAACCAUCACCAGCAGAUCAAUCAGGCAGCAUCAACGACACAGCAUGUAUCGUCUCUUAAUGUAGUCAUGGCAUCGUUGUCGGUCAAUUUGAAUCGACAUGGCAUUCUGGGCGGAUCGUCCAAUACCCCCGACCAUGACGUCUAUGCAGCCCUGUUACAGGAUCAGGAACGCUGGAGUGUUUGGACAAAAGGACUCAGGAACAAGAUUCUUUCACUAUCGAUGCGGCCGCAAGGUGGGCCUGCUCUCGGACCUCGCAACCGGCCGGGAAUGGUGUCUGAGCGAGAAUGGCUGCGGUACGCUACGAGAACUUGGGACACGAUCCGGAAGGCAGACUUUUUGGCGGAAUAUGUUCGUGCUGCCAAGUUAUCCCGGGACGGUUGA